CAACUCAAGAUCGGGCCCCAACGCGGGCUUGAGUUUGUGAGAUAUAUCACUAAACUUACCAAGCAAGGCCUGAUUCCCAAAAGGGAGGUGAUCAAGAAUCUCUCAUCAGAAGUCGCCCGUCAGCAGCUCAGGGAGAGCUGGGUCACCCGCUUCAUGAACCGACAUGAGAUCCAUCUCAUCCCAAAUGGAACCACUGUCAUGGAUUGCACGCCCCACCUGGCUGAUUCUGAGUCAAAAUACCGUCUCUACUUCGAGCUACUGAAUCGAAAGAUUACUGAAUAUCACCUUGAGGCUCAAGAUAUAUACAAAAUGUAUAAGAAAGGCUUCUUCAUUGGUUGA